AUGGCGUCUGUAACCUCGCUGGACCAGGACAUGCGCAAACUGCGCAUGGACAGGUACACCCCCAAAGCAGCAAACGAAGUGCGCAUAUGGAUUGAAGACACAUUGGGCGAGCGACUGCCGCCCGGCGAUCUGCUCGACGCCCUCAAGGACGGGACCGUUUUAUGCAGCAGACUCGUCAACUUGGCUACACCCGGCGCUGUCAGGUUCAAGAAGAGCCAGAUGCCUUUCAUUCAGAUGGAGAACAUCUCCCAUUUCCUCCGCGCAUGCGAACAGCCCCCACUAAGCAUGCCCGCCCACGACCGCUUCCUCACCGUCGACCUCUAUGAAGCAAAAGACCCGGCCCAGGUCUUGCAGUGCCUCAGCGCCUUUAGCCGCGUAGCUAACGCCCACAACCCCUCCCAGUUUCCCACCGUCAUAGGCCCCAAGCGUGCCGCCCCUGGCCCUCUUAGCCCCUCUUCUACUGGAGGCGCUGGUCCCAAAAGUCCCGCCCUCACAUCGCCUGGCUAUGGCCGAAGCAGAGGACCAAGCACAGCCAGCAACACCAGCGGCUCCAGCACUUUCAAUCCCCUCGCCCGUCCCACCACAGAAAGGGCCCUUAGUGCCGCCCGUACCGGAGGCUCUGAUACCUCACAUGCCUCGAAUGGCCUCCCCAAGUCGCCGCCUGGCGGGGUGAGCAGCUGGAGCAAAAAGGUCGAUGAGGGCAGCACAGCACCCGCAUGGAAUAUUCAUCAGUAUGGCUACAUGGGCGGAGCCAGUCAAGGAAAUCAGGGCAUCGCGUUCGGUGCUCGCCGCCAAAUCACCAGCGCCGGCCCCCAUGUGCCCAACAUGGCAGAGAAGGAGCGCCUGCGACGAGAAAAGGCUGCCGAAGAAGAGCGAUUGCGCCAACAGGCCGAGGAAGCUGAACACAAACGUCGCAUCGAACGUGAAGCAGAAGAGGAGCGUAUCCGCAUUGAAGAGGAGCAAAAGUGGGAAGAAGAAUCGCGCAAGCAACAAGAGGCUAAGCAGGCGCGCCUCGACCAGCAAAAGCGUGAGUGGGAAGAGCAGGAGCGGCAAUGGCAGCUUGAGGAGGAGCAGCGCCAGCGCGAGGAGCGUGAGGCCAUGGAGAAGAUUGAGGCCGAGACUCGACGGAAGCGUGCAGGCAGCGAUGCUAGGCUCCGGGGACAGUUUCUCAGCCAGUACCAGGCCGAACAAGCCAGCAAACCGCGCAGUCGCCGGGGAAGCAGCGAGGAGCCGAAUGCCGAACGCGAGCGCAUACGAGAACUUGAGCGCCAGCUUGAGGAAGCCAAGGAGAGGGAACGACAGUAUCAAGCUGAGCGUGAGGGUCGUCUGCAGGACAAGAAAGCGCGCGCUCGUUCAAAGAGUCGUGCACGCGACCGAUCCCGGAGUCGCCCCAGGCCACAGCCCCCGCCACGCGCCCCCUCACCUCAAGACAGCAAUGCUUCCUGGGCACAUGCAGAUGACCGCGAGUACCUGCGCAAGCAAUGGGACCAAACACAAACCCAGUCACCACGACCUUUACCAGAACCUACCCCUGCUGCCCCUUCUCUCCCAACCCGCCCACUGCCAGAACCAUCCGCUCGACCCCUUCCCGACCCUUCAACAUAUACCAAACAAAACCGAACUGAACGUUACCUAGCCUCCAACCCACCACCAGCACCUCCAAAGCCCCAGACCCACAUUCCACCGGAGCUCACUUCUACCUCAGAGCAACGAGCCGAAGACGCCCGCCGGGCUGCGGCUCAAACCAAAACAAAGGCUCUUGGAUGGGCUUCCAAGUCACUCCUCGAGCGUGAGAUGGAGCGUGAGCGCGAACGCCAAAAAGAAUGGGAAGAGUCUCAGCGCGCGCUGCAAGAAGCUUCCAAAGAUCCCAACGCGGGAAGUGGUUCCGGGCAGAGUUGGGACGUUAACCAAUACGGAUAUAUGGGCGGUGAUAAUCAGAAUAAGCUUGGUGGUAUUGGCGCGGGGAAGAGACAGAUUAUUGGACCUAGGCCAUUUGGGCCUCGUUAG